GAAUAUGAAGUCAUAAGUCAUAAUUGCAGUAUUAUUUCCGUCUGACUCGAAUUUUGAAAAAGAAUGACAAACAAUAAUUACGCAUGCGCGCAUUCAAUAUUUUUACUUCGGUAAAAAUGGCGUUUGGCUUGGCCGCUGCCUCGUAUAUUGUAGGAUUAAUUUUAGAUGCAUUUCUUAUAUUUUUUGCCAUUUUCCAUGUCAUUGCUUUUGAUGAACUCAAAACAGAAUUCAAAGAUCCUAUUGAUCAAUGCAACAGUUUAAAUUCAUUGGUUCUUCCAGAAUAUGUCAUUCAUAUUUUCAUAAAUUUCUUAUUCCUUAUAAGUGGACAAUGGUUUUCAUUAAUCUUAAAUAUGCCACUGAUUGCAUAUCAUAUAAAUAGAUACAGAACUAGGCCUGUAAUGUCAGGACCUGGUCUAUAUGAUCCAACUAGUAUUAUGAAUAUGAAUGAUUUAAACAAGUGCCAACGAGAAGGCUGGAUCAAAUUGACAUUUUAUCUUCUCUGCUUUUUCUACUACUUAUAUGGAAUGAUCAGUUCACUUAUACAGUGAAAUUAAGUGUAUAGAGUCCAUGUGAUUGUUUUCAAUACAAUGGUGAUGUUCAUAAGGGAAGUGUUUAAUAAAAUAUGCUUUUUCUAUUAAUAUAUUUUGAUAU